AUGGGAAACUCUACAUCUCACAGAAAGACAGAGACGGAGACAGAGAUUGAGACGGAGACAGGAGCUGAGCAAACUACUGCUACGGCAAGCUCAGAUGAAGGAACUUCGUCGGUAAGCGAGUACCAAGUGUUUUUGAGCUUCAGAGGACCCGAUACUCGCGAGGGAUUCAGCGACGUACUCUUUCAUGGCUUGACUGAUGCUGGAAUCUGCGUCUUUCGAGACGAUGAAAAGAUCUGUAUCGGUGGAAGGAUUGGAGGAUCGCUUUGGCGAGCUAUCGACGACUCCAAGAUCUACAUACCCGUCUUCUCUCGGACCUACGCUUCGAGCCGAUCGUGCCUCCGAGAGCUCGUGCAGAUCGUCCAAAACACCUCCAAAUCAGAAGGAAACAAAGAGAUCCUACCUAUUUUCUUCGAUGUGGACCCUGACGAUGUUAAGCUGAAAACUCCGUUGUAUCACAAUACCAUGCUAAGUUUGAAGCACGAAAGAAAUUUGAGCAGUGACCAGGUGGAUGAGUGGAGAGAGGCUCUCAUGGAGACUGCUGUGAUAAGAGGGUGGGAAGUGAAGAAAUACAAAGGCCACGGUGACUUGAUCAAAUUGAUAGUUAAGGAGGUUGUGAAAAAGCUGAAAAGAAAACAUAGAUUGGUGACUGAACAUUUAGUUGGAAUUGAUGAUCGAGUUGGAGAAGUAGGAAAUUUGUUAGACGUUGACUCUGUUGGUGUGCAACUCAUCAAAAUUCAUGGCAUGGGGGGUAUCGGUAAAACGACUCUUGCCAAGGUUGUCUUCAACAAACUCUCUUCUCAUUUUGGAAAAUCUUGUUGCUUCCUUGAAGAUGUUCAAACGAAGUCAUCAAGAACUGGUGGCCUACUUGAGUUGCAAAAAAGGUUGAUAUCCGAAAUUGGGGGUCCUGAUGGAAUUGAGAGCAUUGACGAAAUUAAUUAUGGAAUGAUGAGGAUUGGAGAAGUACUUAGCAAAAAGAAAGUACUCGUUGUACUUGAUGAUGUUGGUAGUAGUGAACAAGCGGAAAAGUUAAUUGGAAAAUAUACUUUGUGUUCGGGAUCUAGAAUAUUGAUCACUACUAGAAAUAAAGAUGUUUUGCGAAAUUACAGACCAAAGUUUCCAAUUUUGGAUUAUGAAAUGAAGCUCAUGAGUACCGAUUAUGCGCUUCAACUUUUUAGUAAGCUUGCAUUUAACAGCGAUUCUCCUCCGGAUGAUUACAAUGAUCUUUCAAGGAAAAUCGUAAUUGCUACUGGAAGACUUCCGUUGGCUCUUGAAGUAAUUGGUUCUUUCCUCUAUGAGAGAGGGCAAGAAAUAUGGGAAGAGACAUUUGAGAAGUUGAAGAAAGCACCUCAUGAGGAUGUUUUUCAAAAGUUGAAGAUUAGAUAUGAUGCCUUAACUCCGGAGCAACAACAAAUUUUUCUUGAUAUUGCAUGUUUUUUCAUUGGUGAGGAUAAGUCAAAUCCAAUUUACAUGUGGAAAGAUUGCAAGUAUUCCGCGAGUACCGGAGUUGAUGUCCUUAUUGACAUGUCUUUGAUAAAGAUUACGAAGAACAAUAGAUUUUGGAUGCAUGAUCAGCUCGGAGAACUUGGAAAGGAAAUUGUUUGUCAAGAACAUGGACAAAAUCCUGGAAAGCGUAGCAGGUUAUGGAUUCGCGAGGAGAUCCUGGAAACAAUGACCACAAAGAAGACGAAGAACGUUCUAGCAUUGGAUCUUGAUGUAAGCAAAUGUUAUCCUCAGGGCGUCAUUAAAAGUGAAGAGAUUGAAAGGUUUAAACAUCUAAGGUACCUCAAAUUUAAUGGAGGAACCUUCAUUGGUGACUUUACGAAUUGUCUAACCAAAUUAACAUGGAUUUCUUGGAGUCAUCCUACUGGAGCUUCUGAGCUAGCCAAUAUGCACUUAGAGAAUUUGGCCGUUCUUCAAUUUUCGGACAAUGACUUCAUAGACGAUUCGAAUCUACAAUGCUUAAUCAAGAUGGCAAGAAAAUUGAAAGUUCUUUCUCUUAUAAGGUGUAAAAGCAUAACCAAAACGCCAGACUUCAAUAGUUGCCCGGAUUUAGAGAGGCUGAUUCUCUCGAGAUGUGGCAAUUUGAAAGAAAUUGACAGCUCAAUUGGGAAGUUGAAGUCUUUGGUUGAACUGACGAUUCACUUUUGUGAUCGUCUUAGAGAUUUACCUGAAGAAAUUGGGGACCUAGUGAAUCUGAAGCACUUUUCUCUAACGUGUUGUAAGGUGGAAUUCCCAUAUUCCAUAUGGAAGUUGAAGUCAUUACGUGAGGUGAACUUUGUAGAUUUCUUUCUUCCAUCCGAUGCAGCAAAUUCAUGGGAGUUACCUAGUUCUAUUGGAAUGCUUCAGAAUCUGGAAGUGCUUAGAGUCACUUCACACUUUUUAAAAGGUCAACUUCCUUCUGAUAUCGGAAAUUUGCCCCAUCUUAGAAUCCUAGAAGUGUCAAAUGCACACGUGAGUGAAGUUCCAGAAACCAUUAGCAUGCUUCCUCGCCUGCAGAGACUGGAGUUGGAAAAUUGUGAUGAGAUUCAAGAAUUGCCAGCGCUCCCAACAAGUUUAACUCAUCUAAAAGUGUCAUCUGGAUCGUUGUGCGUAGUGCCAGAUCUCUCAAACUUGACUAAUUUGGUUGAGUUGGAGCUAAAUGAUGAGAGAAUAGGAGGAUGCGAUCAACCUUGUACUGGUGGGUUAUGGUGGAUUGGGAGGUUAUCCAAACUGACGAAUUUGAGCUUGAGACUGGACAAUGUCCCUGCUCCUACUGAGCUGGCUUCACUUCGACUGCUGAACCAACUUGAUUUGUUUGGAUUGAACCUGCAACCCUUUCCGGAACUUCCUUUGUCUCUGCAAAAUCUAGGCCUUGGUAAUUUCCGCUCACUUGUGUCCCUGUCUCCAAACAUGAUAAAUCUGUCACGUUUAGAGCUCCACGAGUCUUCACUGCGAGAAAUCGAACUGAAUGAGUCUCAACUUCCACAUUUAAGGGAGUUGCACGUUAAAGCGUGCUUUGGCCUCAAGACAUUGAAGCUUUCAAGCAUGAGGAAGCUGGAAAUUGUCUAUGUGGGACUGUGUUCAUGCCUAGUUGAGAUUCAAUUUUCCCGGGUAUCACUGAAGGAUUUGACUAUUGCGUUCUGCGAGUCCUUGAGAAGGCUAGUUUAUGCCGAGCAAGCAGGGCAACAUAAUCAUGAGUCUGUGUAUGGCAUGGUGAGUGGUGGUGGGAGACUAACCCUUCAAUCGAGAGCCUUAAAUAAGUUGCAGAAAUUCGUUCUGAUGUGUUGCCCUCAGAUACUCGAGAUUCAGGUUGCUGGCACGUCGGAAUCAUGGGAACAGUUCGCCCUGUUUAAUUGUAAUGUGCAAAGUAUUGGUGGUUUGUCAAACUUAAAGAACCUCAAGUCUUUACUCCUGUAUUACAACGAUGGGUUGCGGGUCGUUACGGGCAUUGACGAGCUAGAGUUUUUGGCUAAUUUUGACAUUAGCGACUGCAGGUCGUUGGAAUGGUCGAUCGAUGUAUCAAGCACCAAAUUGCCAAAUGAUUGCCGCAUUAGUAUCUCUGGUUGCAGGGAGGACUUUCGCGGCUCCGUCCAGUCUUACAAGUACCAGCACAAGGGGGAGUCUGAAGAGAAAAGGAAAGGACAAAUGCCAGAGGAAGCGGAAUCCAGUGAUCCCAGUGCAUCAAAUAAAAGCUCUGAGGAAGCAGAAUCCAGCGAUCGCAGUGCAUCUGAACUGUUCAGCAUGUUGAAGCAGAUCCAAGACACUCAGGCUGUCAUGCAGGAAAAUCUGGCUGCCAUAAAAGAUGACAUGAAAGCACUAAAGUCAAACCUGGAGAGCCGAAUGCUGCAUGUGAACAAAGAGGGUGAGAUGAACAUGGCUGUAUUUGAGGAUAUCUGUAGGCAGUACGAAACUCUCAUCAAGUUGAAGCAGAACCAGGACACUCAGGCUGCCAGAAAGGUUGACAUGAAAUCACUACAGUCAUACCUGGAGAGCCAAAUGCCGCAUCUGAAAAAACAAGGUGAGCUGCACAGGGUUCUCUCCAAGCAGUACGAAAAUGUCAUCAAGUGGGACAAUUAUUACUUAUCAGGAACUACGGGAAUAUCAGUAGAGUCUAUAGAGAUGCUUAACGGAUACCAGCAGAGGCUAUUAUACUGCGAAGAAAUCCCAUAUGAGGAGGAGAUAUUAGCGGUGAAUGCAAAUUUGUUUUACGGAUCAUGGUUGAGAGCGGAAAUGAAUAACCAUAGCCCUUUUUGGAAGUCUUUCUACGAGGCUGAACCAGAAGGAGUAAGCAUGGAGGAGGAAUAUGUCCCUGAAAGUACACAGAAUUUGGGAAGUCACCAUCCCAAGAGAGGAGAAGACAGAGAAGGCGGGGACAAAAGAAAGAUGAGUGAACUAGAACCAGCUACCUCAACUGAAGAGAUUCCUCUCAUGAGAGAUGGAUCAACCGAGAAGAGUCCCCUGUUGUUAGAACUCCCUUCAUUCCAGCCUGGCUGUGAGUACCUGCAGCAGAGCCAGAAAAAAUUAACCCUCAGAGAAACAAAAAAAGGAAGGAAAACUUUAACCAGAGUUGAUAGGAAAGGGACGCUUGUUCUACUAGAUGAAGAAAAUCUGAUGGAAACACCUGUGACCCGAGCUGAGGAGCAAUCAAUUUGGGCAUUGGUGGCUUGCCAAAAUAAGCCACCAGGUGACAAAUGA